AUGUCCAACACAGACACGACCCCGGGCGAUUCCCGCCUGCUUCUCGUCUCCAAUCGCCUACCAAUCACCAUCCGGCGAUUGGAAGGCAAGUAUGAAUUCUCCAUGUCCUCGGGUGGCCUUGUGACAGGCCUCAGCGGACUGUCCAAGACCACAAGCUUUCAGUGGUACGGUUGGGCGGGCCUGGAAGUCCCUGAGGAUGAAGUCAAGACUGUGCAGGAUAGACUGAAGGAGGAGUUCAAUGCCACGCCUGUCUUUAUAGAUGACCAGUUGGCCGAUCUCCAUUACAAUGGCUUCGCAAAUUCCAUACUGUGGCCAUUGCUGCACUACCAUCCCGGUGAAAUCGUGUUUGAUGAAAGGGCUUGGGAAGCAUACCAAGAAGCCAAUCUAUUGUUCGCCAAAACAAUCGCCAGCGAAGCCAAAGACGGCGACUUGAUCUGGGUGCAUGACUACCAUCUCAUGCUUCUUCCUCAAAUGCUCCGACAGGAAUUGAGUGCAUCUGGAAAGAAAGACAUUCGCAUUGGUUUCUUCCUCCACACCCCUUUUCCCAGCAGUGAGAUAUACAGAAUCCUACCUGUGAGAGGUCAGUUACUUUAUGGAUUGCUGAACUGCGACUUAAUCGGUUUCCACACAUACGACUACGCGCGCCAUUUCUUGAGCAGUUGUUCCCACAUACUAGGGCUGGUAACAACCCCGAGCAGUGUGAAAUAUGAAGGACGAUCCGUUGCAGUCGGGGCUUUCCCUAUUGGAAUUGACCCUGAGAAGUUCACUGAAGGCUUGAAGAAUCCCAAGGUACAAAGUCGCAUCCAGAAUCUUGAGAGCAAGUUUCAAGGGACAAAAUUGAUGAUAAGUGUGGAUCGUCUCGACUAUAUCAAAGGCAUUCCUCAGAAGCUGCAUGCUUUGGAAGUCUUUCUUUCCAGCCACCCAGAAUGGGUUGGGAAAGUCGUUCUAGUUCAAGUCGCUGUCCCUAGUCGACAGGAUGUUGAGGAGUACCAGAACUUGAGAGCAGUGGUAAAUGAGUUGGUCGGGAGAAUCAACGGCAAGUUUGGUACUAUCGAUUAUGUACCCAUUCACUUCAUUCACAAAUCAGUAGGGUUUGAUGAACUUAUCGCCCUGUACGCAGUCUCCGAUGCUUGCAUUGUGUCUUCCACUCGGGAUGGAAUGAAUCUGGUUUCAUUCGAAUACAUUGCUACACAGGAGAAGCGUAAAGGUGUUUUAAUCUUGUCGGAGUUCGCCGGUGCUGCUCUGAGCUUGAAUGGGAGCAUUGUGGUGAACCCGUGGAACACCGAAGAGCUUGCUGGAGCAUAUCACGACGCUGUGUCAUUGAGCGAUGCGCAAAAAGCCGUCAAAUUCCAAAAACUCUUCAAGUACAUCUCCAAGUACACAAGCGCAUACUGGGGACAGUCUUUCGUGUCAGAGCUAUCUCGCUGUCCAUCAUGA